CCUUCGUAGGCCCAAGGGUAGCCCUUCUGAAGGACACCCUACCCUGCCACAAACCCUUCCAUUCUCCUCAUUCCUCAGUUUUCAAUUUUUCAGAAACAGCAACUCCACACCUUUGCCCUCUGCUAGGGCACACCAGCCGCACGUCUCCGAGCUACCAAAACCCUUCCUUUUCCCAAGUAAGCGGAGUCUUGGAGGUUCCAGCUCUUUCCUAACUCCGGGAGCUGUGGUGCCCUUAGUUUCGAAUCUUUUGCUUUGGUUGUUCUCCAGAACAGGAGCUUUUAGGAAUCUGGCUCCUGAGAUCGAUCUCGAGAAGAAGAAGAAAGAGUUUGCAGAUUCCAAUUCCCAAACAAUGAACCCCAAUCCAACACCCUCGCCAUACAUCAGGAAUGGUGGUGUUUAAUGCGUAGUGGAAAAUGCAACGUGCGCAGACUGCCGAGGAACGUUUGUUGGAAAAAGCGGUGAAGGAAGAAUGCGCAUGGGAGAAUCUUCCCAGGCGACUUCAACCAGUUGUGUCAUCAAAAGAAGAAUGGCACAAAAGGAUAAUCGAAUACUGCAUAAAGAAGAGACUUAAAUGGGAAGAUUCUUUUUCUCGUAAACUUUGUAAAGAACAUGAAUAUUAUGAAGAUAUGAUGCGCUACUUGCAGAAGAAUCUAGCUCUAUUUCCAUAUCAUCUGGCGGACUAUGUAUGCCGUGUAAUGAGAGUAACACCUUUCAGAUAUUACAUUGAUAUGCUUUUUGAAGUGAUGAAAAAUGAGCAACCUUAUGACCGCAUCCCGAAUUUUAGUGCUGCAGAUGCUUUAAGACUUACAGGAAUCGGGAGAAAUGAAUUUAUUGAUAUAAUGAACAAGUGCAGGUCUAAGAAAAUAAUGUGGAAACUGAACAAGUCGAUAGUAAAAGAACUUUUGCCUACUCAACCUGUGGAGUUUCCAAUUGAACCGUGGUGGGGAGUUUGCCUUGUGAACCUUACCUUGGAGGAAUUUAAGAAACUCUCGAAGGAGGAAAUGGCCGCAAUAGACAAAGUCUGUUUGGAUGAUGCAAAUUCAUUUGUCACGUUUGAUUCUCACGUUAUAAGGGGUCUAUGCAGACGGGGACUGGUAUAUUUUGAUGUUCCUGUUUAUCCACACGACCGGUUUAAAGUUUCAAAGCUUGAAGGAUUUGUUUCCAACAGGGAGCAAACUUAUGAAGAUCCUAUUGAAGAGUUGUUGUAUGCAGUUUUUGUAGUUUCAAAUGAAAAUGUGACAGUUAGUGACUUGGCAACAACCCUACAGGCUGACUUAUCACAGCUGCAGGCUGCUGCUGCUUUUGUGUGUAGAUUGGGAUGGGCAACAAAAGUGAUUGAUCCAGGAUCUAUUAUUGGAGAUUCAACCAUACUUGCAUCUCCUAUGAGUACAGUUAGCGACGAAGAUGGUUCUGUUGCUGGUCAAAAUCAUGAUAAUACGCCUUUAGAGAAUGACUCCAUUCAACAAGCUGAUACCUCAGCUUCAGGGAACCAUGCAUCUCGUUCUUCCUACACUCGUGUUGCUUUCAUAGUUGAUGCUAAUAUUACAUCCUACCUUAUGAUGGGAUCUGUUUCACCAGGCCUGAAAUCUCAUGCUGUUACACUUUAUGAAGCGGGAAAAUUGGGUCAUACGAGCAUUACUGAUCUUUGCAAGGAUCUUAGUACCCUGGAAGGUGCAAGAUAUGAGGGAGAAUUACAGGAGUUUGCAAAUCAUUUAUUUAGUCUGCGUUGUGUCUUAGAAUGUCUUCAAUCAGGUGGAAUAGCUACUGAUGAAGAAGAGGGAGGUUCUGAUAACCUGAACAUGAUUACAUCAACCAAUGAUGGGCCAAGUUCUGUGAUAGCUGAAAUUUUGGAUGAAAAAUCAGAAGAGUCUGGUGUUUUACAAACUGUGAUUAGUACUGAGGAGUUAAUAAAUUCUGUUUCAGAGAAAUUCGUGGAGGCUUCAGUGUAUAGUGAAGGUGUUCCUAGUAGUAGUGGGAUGGAUGAUGAAACUCAUUCCAGUACUUUGGAGGAAGGAAGUGAUCCUCACAUUCAGGAAGCUGACAAAGGUGUUCCUAGUACUAGUAGUGGGAUGGAUGAUGAAACUCAUUCCAGUACUUCGGAGGAAGGAAGUGAUCCUCACAUUACUAGUAGUGGGAUGGAUGAUGAAACUCAUUCCAGUACUUUGGAGGAAGGAAGUGAUCCUCACAUUCAGGAAGCUGACAAAGGUGUUCCUAGUACUAGUAGUGGGAUGGAUGAUGAAACUCAUUCCAGUACUUCGGAGGAAGGAAGUGAUCCUCACAUUACUAGUAGUGGGAUGGAUGAUGAAACUCAUUCCGCUACUUUGGAGGAAGGAAGUGAUCCUCACAUUCAGGAAGCUGACAAGUCACACACAAGUUUCCGUGAGAAUGAGAAACUACCAAUGUUUGAAGCUGACAAGUCACACACAAAUUUCCGUGAGAAUGAGAAACCAGCAGUGUUUGAAGGUUCAGAUGUCAAGAUAGAAAUACUGAAAAGGAGAAAGAUAUAUCGUGUGGACCUUCUCCGUUCUGAAAGUUUGGCUUCUCUUACACCAACUACUCUUGAUCGUUUGUUUCUUCGUGACUAUGGUAUACUUGUGUCCUUAGUGCCUCUCCCCCCUUCAUCAAUUCUUCCUAAACCUACAGGACCUGUUCAUUUUGGUCCUCCUGCAUAUUCUUCCAUGAGUCCAUGGAUGAAAUUGGUAUUAUAUUCAACUGCAGGUAGUGGGCCUCUAUCAGUUGUUUUGAUGAAAGGCCAAUGUAUGCGCUUGCUUCCUGCUCCAUUGACUGGUUGUGAGAAAGCCCUUAUAUGGUCUUGGGAUGGUUCCACUAUAGGAGAUUUAGGAAGGAAGCUCGAAGGAAACAUGGUGAAGGGAAGUAUACUUUUGCAUUGCUUAAAUUCACUUCUUAAACAUUCAGCUGUGCUUGUGCUGCCGCUCAGUAGAUUUGAUCUUAAUCAAUCUGGAAAACUUAUUACUUUGGAUGUUCCUUUGCCUUUAAGAAACGCCGAUGGAUCAAUUGCCUCUGUAGGAAAAGAGUUAGGACUAGAUGAUGAAGAGGAAAAUUUUAAGCUGAAUUCGCUGUUGAAUAAUUUGGCAAACAAAAUGGAACUGUGGACAGUUGGUUAUGUUCGGCUAUUGAAACUAUUUAACGGAACUAAAUCAGACCACUUCUCUUCCAUAGAGAAAUAUGAAUGGGUGCCAUUGAGUGUGGAAUUCGGGAUACCCCUAUUUAGUCCAACGUUGUGCAAUAGUAUAUGUAGAAGGAUAGUUUCGUCUAAGAUACUUCAAUCUGGCUCAUUUGGCGAACACCAUGAUGCAAUGCAAAUCUUAAGGAAAAAGUUACAUGACAUUUGUGCUGAGUACAAACCAACAGGUCCAACUGCAAAGCUUCUUUACCAGAAAGAGCAAGUUACAGGACAACCUAUGGACCAAGCUAGGGCAACAUGGAAUCCACUUAUUGAUAUUUCUCCCGCUUCAGGGGUGGUAUUGAGCGUGCGUCAGAGGUUAAAACUUGCUAACCAACAAAGCAGCCAAAAUGAAGUGUUGUGCUGUGAUGGCAAUGUUCUUAGAUCUUACGCAUUAACUCUUCCUCAUGAAGCUGCCACGAAACCAGUUAAAGAAACCCCUGAAGCCAAUAAGACAAAACCUGAACCAGAAGCAAAUGAUAGUAAAGAAGCAAUCCUUCCUGGUGUUAAUCUUAUUUUUGAUGGUUCUAGGUUGCUUCCAUUUGAUGUAGGAGCUUGCCUUCAAGCUCGCCAACCUAUAUCCUUAGUAAUGGAGGCAGCUGCUGCCUCAGCACAUGUACCAUUCAAAUAGAUAUGCAGUCAUUAAUCAUUAUUGACUACUCCACUUCAAAUCUUUGAUACACGUGAAUGGGGAUGCUUGCUAGUAACUCAUGUUUAAUGGCAAUGUGUACUUCUUCAAGAUUGAUGGCAGUUAAUGAGCGCAGACUUGGCCUCAGAUUUGAGAUUUUGCUAGAUCAAGAAAUUCAAUCAAUUAGAGCUGUGAAAAGAGGAAAUAUGUUAUACAAUGUAUAUAUACAUAUAUAUUUUAGGAUUUUUUUUUCUCCUGUCAAAUUUGAGAAAAUUUAUCCAUUGGAAAUUCGUUCUUUCUUUCAGC